AUGCAGGGCCUCAGCAACUUCAUGCAGUACCUGUUCAUGACGUUCUCGGGCAAUCUGCUGAGCGUCCAGAAGUACUGCGAUCUCUGCGCCGACCACACGGUCUGCCUCUAUCCGAAUACAGGCCCGUCGGCCAACUGCACGGAUCUGAUAGCUUACGGCCUGCUCGAGGCCGAGAAGCAGUCGAUCGUCAAGCUGCACAAUCAGCUGAGGCAGAGGGUGGCCCAGGGAUUGGAGACGAGGGGCAGUCCCGGGCCACAGCCGGCGGCGCGCUACAUGCCCGAUUUGGUAUGGGACAACGAGCUCGCGGCCAUGGCCCAGCGCUGGGCCAACACCUGUCGCCAGAGCGUCGACUCGUGCCGCAACACCGAGCGCUUCCCCGUGGGCCAGAGCGUCGGCUAUCGCGGCACCACCGGCAACGCCCACAGUCUCCGCGUGACAUCCAUCGUCCAGGACUGGUACGACCAGGUGGUCUAUCACGACGGCGCCCGGGUCUCGGCCGGGUUUCGCAAUCGGGGCGCCGAUCAACGCUACGUCGGCACCUACACGCAGAUCGUGUGGGCCGACACGAGCUACGUCGGCUGCGGCUCGACGAGGUACAGGGACGGACGCUACAACACUCUGUACCUGGUCUGCAAUUACGGGCCCUCCGGCAACAUUGUCGGUUAUCCGAUUUAUCGAGCGCGAUGA